GCUUGGGGCCCUUUGUGCGCAUGCGCGCUCGCGCUCCCGCCCUCUAGCUGCGCUCGGCUGAGUCAGUCAGUCUGUCGGAGUCUGUCCUCGGAGCAGGCGGAGUAAAGGGACUUGAGCGAGCCAGUUGCCGGAUUAUUCUAUUUCCCCUCCCUCUCUCCCGCCCCGUAUCUCUUUUCACCCUUCUCCCACCCUCGCUCGCGUAGCCAUGGCGGAGCCGUCGGCGGCCACUCAGUCCCAUUCCAUCUCCUCGUCGUCCUUCGGAGCCGAGCCGUCCGCGCCCGGCGGCGGCGGGAGCCCAGGAGCCUGCCCCGCCCUGGGGACGAAGAGCUGCAGCUCCUCCUGUGCGGAUUCCUUUGUAUCUUCCUCUUCCUCUCAGCCUGUAUCUCUAUUUUCGACCUCACAAGAGGGAUUGAGCUCUCUUUGCUCUGAUGAGCCAUCUUCAGAAAUUAUGACUUCUUCCUUUCUUUCAUCUUCUGAAAUACAUAACACUGGCCUUACAAUACUACAUGGAGAAAAAAGCAAUGUGUUAGGGAGCCAGCCUAUUUUAGCCAAAGAAGGAAAAGACCACUUGGAUCUUCUAGAUAUGAAAAAGAUGGAAAAGCCUCAGGGGACCAGCAACAACGUAUCAGACUCUCCAGUUUCUCUUGCAGCAGGAGUUCAUUGUGACCGUCCUUCUAUUCCAGCCAGUUUCCCAGAGCAUCCUGCUUUUCUCUCAAAGAAAAUUGGUCAAGUGGAAGAGCAAAUAGAUAAAGAGACCAAGAACCCAAAUGGGGUAUCAAGUAGGGAGGCUAAAACUGCAUUGGAUGCUGAUGACAGAUUCACUUUGCUAACAGCCCAGAAACCACCUACUGAGUACUCUAAGGUAGAAGGCAUUUAUACAUAUUCUUUGUCUCCAUCCAAAGUUUCAGGAGAUGAUGUUAUUGAAAAGGAUUCCCCUGAAUCACCAUUUGAAGUAAUUAUUGACAAAGCAGCAUUUGACAAAGAAUUUAAAGACUCAUAUAAGGAGAGCACAGAUGAUUUUGGUAGCUGGUCUGUGCACACUGAUAAAGAAUCAUCCGAAGACAUUUCAGAGACUAAUGACAAGCUUUUUCCACUGAGAAAUAAAGAGGCAGGACGUUACCCAAUGUCUGCAUUGCUCAGUAGGCAGUUUUCACACACAAAUGCAGCACUGGAAGAGGUGUCCAGAUGCGUGAAUGAUAUGCAUAACUUUACUAACGAAAUACUGACUUGGGAUCUGGUUCCCCAAGUGAAACAACAGACCGAUAAAUCUUCUGACUGCAUCACAAAAACUACAGGACUUGACAUGAGUGAAUAUAAUUCAGAAAUUCCAGUUAUAAAUCUUAAAACUAGCACUCAUCAGAAAACUCCUGUAUGUUCUAUUGAUGGGAGCACUCCCAUCACUAAAUCAACAGGUGAUUGGGCAGAAGCAUCUCUCCAGCAAGAAAAUGCUAUCACUGGAAAACCUGUACCCGACUCUUUGAAUUCCACGAAAGAAUUCAGUAUCAGAGGUGUGCAAGGCAAUAUGCAGAAACAGGAUGACACACUUGCAGAAUUACCUGGAUCUCUACCUGAGAAAUGUGACUCUUUGGGUUCUGGAGUGGCCACAGUGAAAGUGGUUUUACCUGAUGACCACCUGAAAGAUGAAAUGAACUGGCAGAGCUCUGCAUUGGGAGAAAUCACAGAAGCUGAUAGUUCUGGUGAGUCUGAUGAGACAGUAAUAGAGGACAUAACAGCAGAUACAUCAUUUGAAAAUAACAAAAUUCAGGCUGAAAAACCUGUUUCCAUUCCAAGUGCUGUUGUAAAAACAGGUGAAAGAGAAAUCAAAGAGAUUCCCAGUUGUGAGAGAGAAGAAAAAACAUCUCAAAACUUUGAAGAAUUGGUCAGUGACUCUGAGCUGCAUCAAGAUCAGCCUGAUAUUCUUGGAAGGAGUCCAGCUAGUGAGGCAGCAUGUUCAAAAGUACCCGAUACGAAUGUCUCCUUAGAAGAUGUGAGUGAAGUUGCUCCUGAAAAGCCUAUUACUACUGAGAACCCCAAACUUCCUUCAACAGUGUCUCCAAAUGUUUUUAAUGAGACAGAAUUCUCAUUAAAUGUGACAACAUCUGCCUAUUUGGAGUCAUUACAUGAGAAAAAUGUUAAACAUAUAGAUGAUUCCUCCCCAGAGGACCUGAUAGCAGCCUUUACAGAAACCAGAGAUAAAGGAAUAGUAGAUAGUGAAGGAAAUGCUUUUAAAGCAAUAUCAGAGAAGAUGACAGACUUUAAAACAACUCCUCCUGUAGAAGUCUUACAUGAAAAUGAGUCUGGUGGUUCUGAAAUUAAAGACAUUGGAAGCAAAUACAGUGAACAAAGCAAAGAAACAAAUGGAAGUGAGCCUCUAGGUGUUUUCCCUACCCAAGGUACUCCAGUAGCAUCUCUUGACUUAGAACAAGAACAGCUCACAAUUAAGGCUCUUAAAGAAUUAGGUGAAAGACAGGUUGAGAAGUCAACUUCUGCACAGCGUGACGUAGAAUUGCCUUCUGAAGAAGUACUGAAGCAAACUUUCACAUUUGCUCCAGAAUCUUGGCCACAGAGAUCAUAUGACAUCCUAGAACGUAAUGUCAAGAAUGGAUCUGAUCUUGGGAUUUCCCAGAAGCCCAUCACUAUCAGAGAAACUACUAGGGUAGAUGCUGUUUUCAGCCUUAGCAAGACUGAAUUGGUAAAAAAGCAUGUCCUAGCAAGACUUCUGACAGACUUCUCAGCAUCACUAUCUGGGACUCUCGGAUUCCCAUCAGGAGUCAUAAUACCUUCUCUUUCUCCUAUGCACGAUCUGAUUUUCUGGAGAGAUGUGAAGAAGACUGGGUUUGUCUUUGGCACCACGCUGAUCAUGCUGCUUUCCCUGGCAGCUUUCAGUGUCAUCAGUGUGGUUUCUUACCUCAUCCUGGCUCUUCUCUCUGUCACCAUCAGCUUCAGGAUCUACAAGUCCGUCAUCCAAGCUGUACAGAAGUCAGAAGAAGGCCAUCCAUUCAAAGCCUACCUGGACGUAGACAUUACUCUGUCCUCUGAAGCUUUCCAUAAUUACAUGAAUGCUGCCAUGGUGCACAUCAACAGGGCCCUGAAACUCAUUAUUCGUCUCUUUCUGGUAGAAGAUCUGGUUGACUCCUUGAAGCUAGCUGUCUUCAUGUGGCUGAUGACUUAUGUUGGUGCUGUUUUUAACGGAAUCACCCUUCUAAUUCUUGCUGAACUGCUCAUUUUCAGUGUCCCAAUUGUGUAUGAGAAGUACAAGACCCAGAUUGAUCACUAUGUUGGCAUCGCCCGAGAUCAGACCAAGUCAAUUGUUGAAAAGAUCCAAGCAAAACUCCCUGGAAUCGCCAAAAAAAAGGCAGAAUAAGUACAUGGAAACCAGAAAUGCAACAGUUACUAAAACACCAUUUAAUAGUUAUAACGUCGUUACUUGUACUAUGAAGGAACAUACUCAAUGUCAGCUUGAGCCUGCAUUCCAAGCUUUUUUUUUUAAUUUGGUGUUUUCUCCCAUCCUUUCCCUUUAACCCUCAGUAUCAAGCACAAAAAUUGAUGGACUGAUAAAAGAACUAUCUUAGAACUCAGAAGAAGAAAGAAUCAAAUUCAUAGGAUAAGUCAAUACCUUAAUGGUGGUAGAGCCUUUACCUGUAGCUUGAAAGGGGAAAGAUUGGAGGUAAAAGAGAAAAUGAAAGAUAGAACAUCUCUGGGUCCUUCUGUCCAGUUUUCAGCACUAGUCUUACUCAGCUAUCCAUUAUAGUUUUGCCCUUAAGUUAAGAAGUAAUGAUUAACUUAUGAAAAAAUUAUUUGGGGACAGGAGUGUGAUACCUUCCUUGGUUUUUUUUUUUUUUGCAGCCCUCAAAUCCUAUCUUCCUGCCCCACAAUGUGAGCAGCUACUCCUGAUACUCCUUUUCUUUAAUGAUUUAACUAUCAACUUGAUGAAUAACUUAUAGGUGAUAGUGAUAAUUCCUGAUUCCAAGAAUGCCAUCUGAUAAAAAAGAAUAGAAAUGGAAAGUGGGACUGAGAGGGAGUCAGCAGGAAUGCUGUGGUGGCCGUCACUCCCUCUGCCACUAUCCCCAGGGAAGGAAAGGCUCCGCCAUUUGGGAAAGUGGUUUCUACAUCACUGGACACCGGUUCUGAGCAUUAGUUUGAGAACUCGUUCCCGAAUGUGCUUUCCUCCCUCUCCCCUGCCCACCUCAAGUUUAAUAAAUAUGGUUGUACUUUUCUUAUUAUAAAAUAAAUGUCUGUAACUGCUGUGCACUGCUGUAAACUUGUUAGAGAAAAAAAUAACCUGCAUGUGGGCUCCUCAGUUAUUGAGUUAUUGUGAUCCUAUCUCAGUCUGGGGGGGAACAUUCUCAAGAGGUGAAAUACAGAAAGCCUUUUUUUCUUGAUCUUUUCCCAGUUCUUUUCUUGAUCUUUUCCUGAGAUUCAAAUCUCCGAUUCCCAUUUGGAGGCAAGUUUUUUUCUCCACCUUCAAUAUGAAAAUUCAGCGAACUUGAAAGAAAAAUCAUCUGUGAGUUCCUUCAGGUUCUCACUCAUAGUCAUGAUCCUUCAGAGGGAAUAUGCACUGGCGAGUUUAAAGUAAGGGCUAUGAUAUUUGAUGGUCCCAAAGUACGGCAGCUGCAAGAAGUAGUGGAAGGAAAUUGUCUUUCUAUGUGUUUUGGGAAAAUUAGGAAUUUGGAUGGGUAAAAGGUACCCUUGCCUUACUCCAUCUUAUUUUCUUAGCCCCCUUUGAGUGUUUUAACUGGUUUCAUAUCCUAGUAGGAAGUGCAUUCUCCAUCCUCAUCCUCUGCCCUCCCAGGAAGUCAGUGAUUGUCUUUUUGGGCUUCCCCUCCAAAGGACCUUCUGCAGUGGAAGCGCCACAUCCAGUUCUUUUCUUUUGUUGCUGCUGUGUUUAGAUAAUUGAAGAGAUCUUUGUGCCACACAGGAUUUUUUUUUUUUUAAGAAAAACCUAUAGAUGAAAAAUUACUAAUGAAACUGUGUGUACAUGUCUGUGUGUGCAACAUAAAAAUACAGUAGCACCUAAGGAGCUUGAAUCUUGGUUCCUGUAAAAUUUCAAAUUGAUGUAUUAAUAAAAAAAAAAACACAAACAA